UGUUCUACACGCUGUUAAGCCCAGGCGGCCUCCACACCCUCUGUGAUCCCUUCUUGCUACCAUUGUUAACCUCCGCCGCACCGUGUUAAAAAACCCCCCUUCCCCUUCUUUACCCCCCUACCAACCCCGGUUAACUUGGACCGGUUAAUUAGUGAAGUUCCGGCGGCCCCCCCGGGGGGGAGGGCUCAGGAAGGCAGCGGCAGCGGCGGCGGCAGGGUUCUUGAAGGCAGUUCUGGAAGUGUUCUUGUUGCGGCGGCGGCGGCGGCGGCGGCGGGGGCGGGGGGAAUUUAUAUUUUCUCCCCCGGUAGGUAGGUUGGCGGCGGCGGCGGCGGCGGCGGCGGCGGCGGAGGCGGCGGAGACGGCAUUGGUCUGGCGGGUAAACAAAGGCGAAGAGAGCUGUGGGCGGCUUGGUGGGCGGCCUGGUGCAGGUGGGCGGCAGUGUGAAGCACCGCCCGCCCGCCCACACAAUGAUGGACCGCGGCACUGUACAUGUGACCGCUCCUUCCCUGCACGCCCACGCCCACAUGACCGCUCUGACGGCGCCCACGCUUCCCCAGCGCUCCCCCUUCGCUAUCCAAGAGCUCCUGGGCCUGGGGUCACAGUCUGACUCCCCGCCCACGCCGCCCACCUCGUCGCUAGGGGCGGGUGGGUCACUGGGGGCGGCGCCCCACCUGCUGUAUUCACGUCAUGCCGCCCUCGCCGCCCAUCAGCAACACCCACUUUUCCCAGACUCACGUCAUGUGUGGAUGAACCACGCCCUUCUGCCGGGGAUGAGCAUGGGCGGCCUGGGCGGCCCUGUCACGCCCAUGAGCAUGGGCGGCGGCAUGCCCUCCAUGCUAGGACUUCGACACGACGCCCACGCCCCUCCCCCUGACGCCCACAGCCCAGGUCUGGACUCGUCCGAUUCCACGAGCAAAACUUACGAGGGCCAGAACCUCAGCUUGGGCAAGAAGAAGAAGAAGAAGCGAAGGCACAGCCGGACCAUCUUCACAUCCUUUCAACUGGAAGAACUGGAGAAAGCCUUCAAGGAAUCUCACUACCCUGACGUGUACGCCAGAGAGAUGCUGUCUCUCAAGACUGACCUGCCGGAGGACAGGAUACAGGUGUGGUUCCAGAACCGACGCGCAAAAUGGCGCAAGACGGAGAAAACAUGGGGCAAGAGCACCAUUAUGGCGGAGUACGGGUUGUACGGUGCCAUGGUGCGCCAUUCCCUGCCCCUGCCGGAGACCAUCGUCAAGUCGGUGGAUAGCGGGGAGGAUUGCCCUGCCCCCUGGCUCCUAGGUAUGCACAGGAAGAGCAUGGAGGCGGCACAGCAGCUGCAGGAGUCUGAGGUAGAUGGCGAGAACAGCGACGGCAGAGAAGACCCACAGCGGCAGCAACAACAACAGCAGCAGACCUCGGGAGAACAGCAGGUAGAUCAGCAGGAGCAACAAAAGAGGCAGCAGCAGCAGCAGGGUCACCCUGGGGACCACCACGGGGACCCUGAAUCUGGGUUCCCACGGGAGUCCCCACACUAUCCUAUGGAUAAGGAAGUGGGAGGAGGAGCAGGCACCUUCGUGGGGGUGGGCAGGCCAGAUGCCUCCUCCAGCAGCCUGCACACAGGAGGGUCGUCAGGUCAGCAGGCUGCACAGAGUGCGCUGCCCGACGACCUUCGUUCGAGCAGCAUCGCUGUGCUCCGUCAGAAGGCCCAGGAACACGCCGCCAGGAUGAAUCUCAACAACAAUCUAGCGGGGCUCCACCACCCGGAGCCUCUUCUCCACCACCACCACCACCUGGGAGCACACUUCUGAUCCCCUACCUUCUUCUCCAACACUAUCUUCACCCCACCACCCCCACCACCUCCUCCACCAUUACCUUCUUCCACCAACACCAUCACUACUCCAACGCCUUUAGAUUUCUCCCGCAGCACUCCACAAGCGCCAAUAAAGCCUCUACCCACUCCCACCACACCACCGCUGUCACCAUCACCAUGACCUCCAUGCACCAUCACUCCCCCAUUACCCCCAACAUCAUCCAUUAGAUGUGGAUGGAAUUCUCUGCAUUAUUAAAGCAUUACAUAAGGGUUAGUUUUACCUGCGCCUCGUCUACCACCAUUAUAGACACCUCCCCCCCCCCCACCCCACCCCGACCUACCACUGCCAACCAACCACAAUCAUAGUCACCAGCCCAGCAACCUACAUCUGCCACCAACAGGCUACCAUCAUAAGCCAUCCACCACCAUCACUACCACCACCACCACCACCACCACCACCACCACAACCACCAUCCACCACCAUCACUACCACCUCUACAACCACAAUCCACCACAACCACCAUCCACCACCAUCACUACCACCUCCACAACCACAAUCCACCACAACCACCAUCCACCACCAUCACUACCACCUCCACAACCACAAUCCACCACUAUCACCAUCACUACCACCACCACCACAACCACCAUCCACCACCACCACAACCACCAUCCACCACCACCACAACCACCAUCC